AUGGAAGAUUUUAUCAAGCAGCCCUUGCGGGCUCAAACGUUCGCCCUGUCCGCUUUCGAUAUGCAGGGAUCAUUUUCCAACAUCCCAUAUGCGUUCUUCUACGGGAACAGGGGCCAAGAUGGGAAGCAAAAGGAAUUCAUGCCCACUACCCUCCUGAAACAGUCACUGGCACAAACACUCGAGUCCUUUCCGAUCCUUCUUGGCCAUAUCAAGGCUACCGCAAGAUGCAAGCUGCAAAUCGACCUUGAUCCAUCGCACAUCAACUGUCCAGACUUCCGCGAAACCAUCCUGCCAAACGACAGCAACGUUUCUUUUGCGACUCUUGAAGCCGCAAACUUCUCGUGGAAGUCAUGGCCCGAGGGCGUCGCGACCGUAAAGCCGUUUGCCAUGCCGCACGACACCACCGGCGACAUCAAGCUGCUCAACGUUCACGUGGUGCGUCUCCGCGACAACACGGGCCUCAUCCUCUUCGUCAAUUGUCCGCACUACGUCUUUGACGGCGCGGGCUACUUUGCCUUUAUCAAAGAAUGGGCUUCCAAAAUGCGCUGCGCUGCUUCCCAGUCGUUGCCAAAGCCCGGCACCGAGUACUGCCACGACCGGACCUGCAUCCAAGAGUACCUGACGGCGCGUAAAAGACCUCUCGACCCCGUAUCCAACGCCAUCUACGCGACGGCCAAUUUCCUCUGCGACGCCAUGACUUGGCUCUCGCCCGUCCACCUGGGACGUCUGCUCGGCAAGCUGGGCAGUCUGUCGCCCCCCGGUCAAGCCCACCUCUUCCACAUUACCCAGCAGGCUCUCGACAGCCUGCAGAAAUCGUCCCAGGAGCAUCUGCCAGAGCACGUCGCUCGCCUGAGCACCAACGACCUUCUCGUCGCCCUAGUGGGCAGAACCUAUGUCCAGAGCCAAAAGCAGCCGGUUCCGAGGGCGGGCUGGUUCAGCCCUGCGCCUCCCCCCGAGACACACUUCUCCGUUCGGAUACCCUGUGAUGCGCGGCCCCGGCUAGGAAUGAAGCACAACUUCACGGGGAAUCUUCUCGUGCCCGUUCUGAUGAGGGACACCAUGGAGGACUAUGGCCAAAAGACCACGGCGGCGUCCUUGGCCAGAUCGGCACUCCAGGUGAGGAGGUGCGUUGGCGAUGUCGACGCCGCCCUCGUGAGCGGAUACCACGACGUCUUGGGCGAGCACCCGACGAGUUACAUGCGGCCGCUGGCGUUUGCGGCCUCUCACACGACCACGUCCAUGGUGGCGACGAGCCAGGUCAGGUUCGGGCUGUACGAUGCGGAUUUCGGCUUCGGCAAGCCUGCCUUUGUGUCGCUCACGCCCUUGUUCGAGGGCGCGUAUACCAUGGCGGCGUUUUUGCCGCCGCCCCCGGGCAAGGAUGGCGUGUAUAUUCUGCUGACAACGAAUAAGGACGCCAUGGCUGGUGUGGUUGAAAAUGACUUUUGGCGGCAGACUUGCGAGUUAGUUUGGUAG